CAUUCUGCUAAAAAUUCUUAUCACAUCAUAACUGAUAACUAAAUAUCUCAACAACCAUUAUAAAAUUUCAAAUUUUAUUGAGUUCAACUCAUGAUUUUGUAAAAUCCUCGAGUAUUUUUCUGAAAUAUUAGUCAAUAUGUCGAUGGUAUACAAGGCAGCCGUUUCAGUUGGUGAUAAGAUUGUUCCAAAAGCUUUGCAACCAUUAUGGCAACAUCCAGCAGGUCCGAAAACUGUUUUCUUUUGGGCUCCUGUAUUCAAAUGGGGACUAGUUAUCGCUGGAAUUGGCGAUCUACAAAGACCAGCUGAGAAAAUCAGCGUUUCUCAAUCUUCCGCGUUGGCUGCCACUGGUGUCAUUUGGUCAAGAUACUCGCUAGUUAUAAUCCCGAAAAAUUGGAGUUUGUUCAGCGUUAAUAUUUUUGUGGCCAUUACUAGUAUUUAUCAGUUGACCAGAGCUAUUAGGUAUCAACAAUCUUUAAAAGAAAAGGAUGCUCAAUGAAUCAAUACAUGAGGUUUUAUGAUAGGUAGAAAAUUGAUGAACAAAACUCGUUGAUUGUUCUUUACCAAAUUAAUCUCCUGAGAUGCUUCUAGCAAUUCCAAUUUUGUUUUUGUUUACUCUAAAAAGUGGUUUUUGUAAUAUUGUGAUAAGUAUCAUUUAAAAAUUAAGCGUGGGAAAGUUACUAUCGAAAUUAUUUGAUUGUAAUCGGUUGUUUUCUGUUAUUUUUCUUCUAAAGAGUUACCAAUAAAUUUUUCGGUACAAUU